AUGGCUGCAGGUGGUGCUUCUCUUCUUACUGCUGUCGUUGUUUUCUCCAUGCUGAUCGCGUCUUCCCUGGGGGCCCCGAGGCCUUUAUGCAGCGAGUGCGAGACGCAAUGCCCUACCAGCUGUCAGGCGGAGGCUGAAACCUUCUGCAGUGGCUACUGCCGCCGCGGUGGAGGCCUUCAGGAGGGCUGCCGGAGAUCCGUCUUUGAAGACUGCACCGUAAAGGGUACCUGCUGCAGUAGCAACGGCACAUGCACUUGCGACUGCAACACUGUGGCUGAAAGGAGAUGCAUCAGCAUCAGCGACGGCACCCUACAAUGUGAACCUUGCAAGCGCAGCAUAUACGACCAGUGCGGUUCCACCUGUAGGAAUGACUGCAACAACAACUGCAAGAAGAAACGGUGCCGCCAUGCCUAG